CUCAGCAGUGCACAGAUCAUAGUCCACCACCGGCAUUUAAUUUUUAAUUUAAAAUUAUCCUCAUUCCUCAUCAAUUAAUUAGUAACCAUCAAUUAAACAGUAAUUUAUCACACGUUACUUGACAUAUUGACGAUAAAACUGCGAUAAGAUGAGUAUGGCAGGUGCACUUAAGGGGGCUGUAUCCCUCGUCACUGGCGGCGCUUCGGGUCUGGGUCGCGCAACGGUGGAGCGAUUUCUAAAGAAUGGGGCGAAAGUGGUAAUUUGUGAUUUGCCAAGUUCCACUGGGGCCGAAUUGGCGGAUCAGAACAAGGACAAUGCAGUCUUUUGUCCCACCGAUGUCCGAUCCGAGGCUGACGUGACCAAAGCGCUGGAAGCUUGUAAAAGUAAAUUUGGUCGAUUAGACGUGCUCGUAAACUGCGCCGGGAUCGGGGUCGCCUUCAAAACGUACAAUUUCAACAAGAACGUUGCCCACAAGUUGGAAGAUUUCCAGAGAACAUUAGACGUAAACUGUGUCGGAACUUUUAACGUGAUUCGUCUCUCUGUCGGUCUGAUGGGGGCGAACGCACCCAACUCGGAUGGUCAACGUGGCGUCGUCAUCAACACGGCGAGCGUUGCCGCAUACGACGGUCAGAUGGGUCAGGCGGCUUAUUCCGCGUCGAAAGGUGCCAUUGUCGGGAUGACGUUGCCCAUCGCGAGAGACCUGGCAUCUCAAGGGAUUCGGGUCUGUACGAUUGCACCAGGUCUAUUCGAAACCCCAUUACUGCUCGCACUUCCCGAAAAAGUACGCAAAUAUUUAGCCACCACGGUCCCAUUUCCGCAACGGCUCGGCUUUCCGGACGAAUACGCCAUGCUGGCCGAGUCAAUCGUGGCGAAUCCCAUGCUCAACGGGGAAACGAUCCGAUUAGACGGUGCAAUUAGGAUGCAGCCGUAAAAAAUAAUUAGUCACGUCACAAUCUAGUUGACUAUAUAACAAACCAAUAAUUAAUUUAGAUUGGAUAUUUGUAUCAAUAAUUAAUUAACUAAGUCCGACUUAUUUUUGUAGACAAUUAUUUUCUCCCAGUUGCGGAUUAUCAUGACAUUGCGAAAUCAAUAAAAAAAAUAGUGGCGAACAAAAUAA